CGAAUUCCGUGUAUCACUGCCUAACCUUUGUUUAUGUUUUCGUCUCUCGGCGUGCACACACCACGUUGUCACCUGAAAGUACAACACGAAUGGAUAAAUCGGUGUGAAUUAUUUGUCACGCGCAAUUCAAGGGCAGAAAACAAAUUCCCUACAAUCACGCACAUGAAACAAAACCUAAACAUAACCAAAUAUAAACAUGUCCAAGUUUCGAGAAGCAACAGUUUCCAACAACGAAAAGAAAUUCACCGAAGAUUGCCUUAUAGAAAAUCUACGAGUAGAUGGACGCGCCUUUGAUGAGUUCAGAGAACUCAAAAUUCAAUUUGGAAGUGACUGGGGUUCAUGCCAUGUGGCUUUGGGAAAGACCCAGGUGUUGGCACAAGUUUCCUGUGAAGUACAAGUCCCAAAGUCAACAAGACCAUCCGAAGGUAUACUCUAUGUAAAUUUGGAGUUGUCACCACUGGCAGCACCUCAAUUUGAAGUGGGUAGGCCAUCAGAUUUGUCUGUACAAUUAAACAGACUGCUGGAGAAGUGUAUAAAAGACUCAAAAGCAGUUGACUUGGAAUCAUUGUGUAUAAAAGUCAAUGAGAAAGUUUGGGCAUUCAGAGUUGACUGUAAUGUAUUGAAUGAUGAAGGAAAUAUUGUGGAUGCAGCAUCUAUAGCCGCACUUGCAGCUUUAGCGCAUUUUCGACGGCCUGAUGUUACUUGUGAUGGAGAAGAGGUUAUUAUUCAUACUUAUGCACAAAGGGAUUCAAUUCCUACUGUUAUACAUCAUUAUCCUGUUUGUGUUUCUUAUGCAAUAUUUAAUAAUGGGGAUAUUAUCCUUGCGGAUCCUACCCUCCUCGAAGACCAAGUCUCUGAAGCCCAGCUAACGAUAGGCCUCAACAGUUACAAAGAACUUUGCGGUUUCCACCUCGCCGGCAGCGCGAUGAUGUCCCCCGAGCAAAUCCUCCAAACCACAAACCGGGCCGCAACCAGAGCGAACACAGUCAUCAGCCUAAUCAAAAAAUCCCUAGCGGAAGAUACCGAAGCACGGCAAGAAGGUAAACAGGCCGGAUUUAGCGGAAGUUACCUCUUUGAUGAUUCCGUCGAUAAUGAAAAAGACCGCUUGGCUCUAAGCGAAUAUCUCAACACCUGGACGACAAAAACAUCAAAAAAGCGAGCGAUGAAGGAAAAAACCGAUGCUGAUAACGCCGAAAACACAAUCAAAAAAGAAUGUUUGAUGCCAGCUGUAGUCGAACAGAUAAAUAAACAAAGCGCAGCGUUAGUGCCACCGCACACAGAAGACAACAAAUGGGAUUUACAUAGUGAUGCUGAAGAUGAUGAUGAAGAAGACGUUAAACCUGAUAUCGAGCUUAUUCCAAUGGAAGAAGAUGCGAAAUUGCAAAGAGCGAAAAAAGGCAAACAAACACUAGCAAUGGACACCAGCGACAGCGAAGAAGAAACAACAAUCGUCCUAAACGCGGAUAAACUAACAAAAAAGACAAAAGGUCGUCGAAAGUAAGUGUAUUACUAUAUAUUUACAUAAUAUAUUUGCGGAAAAUACUCGGCGUUAUGUUAUGGAAAAUAAGUAAUCAUUUGUUCGUCAGUUGGUAUACACUCUUGAAUUUCAAAACAUCAUUGCAGUCAUUUUCAUUGAAUAUCAACACAUAAAAAUAUAAGCAGAAGUAAAUCAUGAAGUAAAACGAUUCAAUUAAAAAAUUAAUUGAUAUUUCAACAAAUUAAGCAUUGAAAAAUUGUAAAUUCGACGGAUUACAAUCCGCAAUAAAUUAAUUUGAUAUUUUAA